GACAAAAUCAGUCAGUUGAGCGAAGAUCGCUGCCCGAAAUAGUGGUCAGAACAAUUCGUACGUACACUCAAGAAAAAAUCAACUAAAUCAAAAUGGAUCAAAUUGAUGAAGACUUGACACCAGAACAGAUUGCCGUUCUUCAAAAGGCAUUCAACAGCUUCGACUCCCAAAAAACUGGAAGUAUUUCAACUGAAUUGGUUUCAGACAUCUUGCGUCUUAUGGGACAACCAUUCGACAAGAAAAUCUUGGAAGAACUUAUCGAAGAAGUCGAUGAAGACAAAUCGGGCCGUUUGGAAUUUGUUGAAUUCGUUCAGCUCGCUGCCAAAUUCAUCGUCGAAGAAGAUGCUGAAGCAAUGCAAAAGGAAUUGAAAGAAGCUUUCCGUUUGUAUGACAAAGACGGUAACGGUUUCAUUCCAACCACAUGCUUGAAGGAAAUCUUGCGUGAAUUGGACGAUCAAUUGACAGACCAUGAAUUGGACGGUAUGAUUGAAGAAAUCGACUCAGAUGGCUCAGGCACCGUCGACUUUGAUGAAUUCAUGGAAAUGAUGACCGGAGAAUAAGCACAAUAUAUUUUUUGAAAGCAUUUAUAUACCAUUUUUGCACCAUCUCAAAUCACAUAAAUAUAACUCUCAAACCGAUAUUCAUCCGGAACUUUUUAAUAAUAAUAAAAAAAUGAUGUUUUGAAAUAAAAAUAAAAUUAAUUACUUACCAUCACGAAGAAAAUGAAUU